AUGAAAACGCUGUGGAGAUACAUCAGCAGCAGCGGGGUCCCCCAUCCGGAGCUGCAUCAGGAGGCCCACCUGCAGCACGAGGCGCCCGGCCAGGUGGUGCGAGUGAAGUCGGCCUACGAGCAGCAGCAGGAGCAGCAGCGCCUGGAGGCUCAGAGGGCCGAGGACCGCAGACAGCUCCAGAUGCGACAGGAGGCCAUGCAGGCCCAGAGGGAGAGGGUGCUAAAGGAGAGGGAGCAGAGGCUGAAGCUGGAGCAGGAGAGAGAGCAGCAGCAUAACAGGGAGGCCGACAGACAGGAGCAGCUGCUGAGAGAGGAGCACCAAAGGAAGAGGACAGAGUAUGAAAACACCGACAAUGAUAUCGUCCAAGGAGAUGAGGAGCCUCAAACUGAUGAUGAAGAAGAUCCUCACAUGUUACAAGAGGAGGAGGACAAACAAGAAGUGGAUCACAGAGUGCCACCACAUCAGCAGGGUGCCGCUGAGGGUGACCUGGACCCCGAGGAUGACCCCAACAACCAGGGCGAGGAUGAGUUCGAGGAGGCCGAGGAGGAUCAGCAUCAACACGGGGUCGCCGGGGGGGAGGAGGAAGAGGAUGGGGUAGAGGAAAAGGAGGAGCCGGCAGCACCGGCCCAACACGUAGACAGGCACCCGGGCCCCGAACAACCCGCCGUGGAGGAGGAACUGGUGAUGGCUGGAAACCCAGAUCAACAGGAAGACACUCUGGAUGACCAGUACCAGGAGGGAAUAGAGGAUGAGGCUCAGGAGGACAUAGCUGGUGGGCAGAAGAGAGAGGAGGAUGUGGAGGAGGAAGGAGAGGAUCCAUAUAACGAGGAUAACAUAGAACAGGAUGGAGGAAAAGACCAGGAGGGGCCACAGAAAGAAGAGGAUCACCGAAACCAGGCGGAGAAUAAUGAGGAAGAGAAUUACGAAGAGGAUGAAGAGGAGGUCGAAGAGGACAGGGCUGGUCGAGACAAGGGAACCAAUCGGAGGGCGGAGAUGUAAGACGGACGCAGGACAUUGACCAGUUACAGUGCCUUUUUCUGGCUGCCUGUAGAGCCUUUCAGGUCCCUCUUUUCCCUUGUUUCCUAAAGGAAUAAAACCAGCCAUCCACUCACAAUUCCAAUUAGGAAAUUUGGGAUAUUACGCCUGGAGAUAGGAAGCAAACACUGGGGUUGGAACUGAUCAGCUUACACUGUGGAAACGGACAGAAUUUGUAGGGUGGAGAUGGGAUAUAUACUGUAUAUUUUUUUUAUUCAACUGCCUCUCUGUCUACUUGCUCGUCUGCCUGAUGGCCUGUCUGGUUCUGUCUUCCUAAAAGCAGUAAGGCAGGGAAUGUAUUUUGUAUCAUGUGCUGUCAUUGAGUAUGUGUAAGAAAGCAGAGAUAAAUUAUGUUAUUCUAAUGUCCUCAUGUCCAGACCUUUUAUAUGUAUGUUUUAUGCAACAAGCUGUAUUCUUUGUAGGUGCUCAAAUUUUAAUUUACAUUUUGCAUUCCAAUCGAUCAAGUCAUUUUCUGUUAUUUAUUGUUGAUUGUAAUAACUCUGACAAUCGUAAAAGAGGUGCAACAUUUCCAUUUUUUUUAUUUUUUUAUUUUUUUUUACCCUGACUGAAAUAGUUAGUCUCAUAAUG